AUGGGGCUCAUGGAUGAUGUGCGCCAGGCCUUUGGGGCAAGCUCGCUCUACGAGGUCUUUGAGCUCACCAAAACCUGCACCAGCAACCAGAUCAAGAAAGCCUACUUCAAGCAGGCGCGCAAAUGGCAUCCCGACAAGGCCGAUGCUUCUCAACGCGAGACAGCCACCACUCACUUCCAAAUUCUUAGUCGGGUUCAUGCCGUUUUGAGUGAUGAGGAGAAGCGAAAGCUAUACGAUGAGACUGGAGCCAUUGAUGAUGGCCAACUUGACUUUGGCGACGACUUUGACUGGGAGGCUUAUUGGCGUCAGCUCUAUCCCAAGAUCACGCGUGAGAGCCUCGACAACUUUGCAUCAAAGUAUCGUCAUUCCAAAGAGGAGGCCAGUGAUCUCAAAAAGGCCUACCUGCAAUGUCAAGGGGACAUUGGAUGCAUCUUCGAGCAUGUUCCCCUCAGCUCCGUGAUUGAGGAUGAGGAGCGCUUCACUGCGACCAUCAAUCAAUGGAUCAAAGCCGGGGAGGUUGAGGCCUUCCCCACCUUUGUCAACGAGCCCGCCAAGAAGCGUGCCAAGCGCUUGCGCAAG